CCGUUUUUAGACGAACCGUUUCCAACCGCUUUCGUUGAGCGUUUUAAUUAAUUAACCUUGGAGAAAUUUGUGUUUUGCGGUGCUUUUAUUAUUUUAGCCAACGAUAAACGACGCGAUCGCGAAUGACAGCUAGCUAAGCCGCGUCAGCUGACGUCGAAGUGGAAAAUUUGAAAUGUAGCGUGACAGAGUGAACGGGCAGGUUCACGAAAAUAUUCUUUGUGUUCAAACGUCCUUUAUGCAGAUCGUCCUUCGAAAUUCGUCGGGAUGAGCACGACCCAGGAUAAGGACGAGCAUCGAAGACGCUCGUUGGAAUCCGGCAGAACAAUGUUGGAAAAAUACAAGGCAAAACGAUCUAGCAAGGACACAAGUACAAACAUGCAGAGUGCAGAACAAUCUGAUGAUGAAUCGUUACACAAUGAAAAAUCCUCGUUGCUCAGAGAACCUGGUGUAACCGAAGAUAUAUUCUCCAGAGAUGUAACAUAUAGCAGUGUUAGUAUAAGCGAAGGAGAGCCAGAUGCUGAUUUGGAAGGACUAGCAGGACGUGUUGCAGAAUUGGAAGAGUUAUUACAAGGGAAAGAAGCUGUAGUUGGAGCUCUUCACGCAGAAAUUGAUCAUUUGCGAGCUGAGGCAUCUUCCCCAAAUUCAUCACAAAGUCGGAGCAGCAGUAUACAUGGAAAGGAUAUUAUAUCUUUGUAUCAUAUAAAAUUGCAAGAGUUUGAAAAAGCAGUAAAUCAACGUGAUAAUUUAAUAGAACACUUGACAUCAUCUUUAGAGCAAGCAUUAUCUGCUAGAGAUGCUGUCACAGGACAACUUAAUGCCUUGAAUGCCAUACAGUUAGACAGUUCUGUGAUAAAUAACAUGAACUUGCAGCAAAAGAUUGAGGGGCUAGAAACUGAAAUGAAUGAUAAAGAAGCAUUAAUUCGUCGAUUGAACGCGCAUUUGACAGAUAUUCGUAAACAUGUACAAACAUUGGAAAUGGAAAGGGAAACGCGAAACGCAGAAAUCAAUGACUUCAAAAUUCAGAUAAAUAAUCUGAACGAGAAAAUUCGUCUCGGUGCCACAGAGAAGAACUUAAACAUUGAUGAAACCUUGGAACAACAGAAGCAAUAUGAAGCACGUGUUGACAAAAUCAAGCAGGAUAUGCAGCAUAUUUUGAACAAAUUUACCACUGUUACAAAUGCCAAUGCAACGCGUUACCAGCAAGAAUUAAAAGAAUUAACUAUAAAAAACGAAGCUGAAAUUGCCAAUAUAAAAGUCAAGCAUGAAGAACACAUCAAAGCAUUGAAGGAAGAAAACAAAACGUUAGCUGAUCGUUUAAACAAAGAAUUGCCAGACUUGGAAAGUAGGCAUGCCAAAGAAUUGUCCGUCUUUCAAACGCAGUUGGCCUAUUAUAAGAAAACUGUGGAGGCAUUAAAGCUCGAGUUGAUAAAUCAUACCGAAUCGCAAAAAGUCGCGCAAUCAGAAGCCCAUUUGUACAAGUCAAAACUCGACGAAUUGAGAUUCGAGGCAGAGAACGAACGACGCAUACAAAAUCUACACUUUCAAAAUGACAAGGAACUGUUAAACGAGCAGAUCAAGUUGCACAAAAUUCAACUGGAGGAACUCACGUCGAAGCACAUUGCAACGAUGAGCAUUCUGGAAUCUAAGGAGAGUAUCGAGAGAUCUCUGGAACAGGCUCUAUCAAACGCCGCUACACUGAAGCAGGAGAACGAAACACUGAAAUACAAGCUGGACGAUUUGUCGUGCAGAUAUUCCGCGGCACAGUCGUUGAUCGAAAACAGUCAGGUGCACGAGAGAACUUUAAAUGGUAAGAUAUCUGAAUUGGAAAGGUCUUUGUCGCGAUUCGACGCUACGAGCGUCAGUACAGUUAGCGAGCUAGGUGAAACCAUGUAUAAGACUUUCGAUGAUGAACUUCUUCAACAUCAAAUGAUUAAACAAAAGUUCGAAGAUAGAGUGGAGAUGGAAAAAUUGUUGCUCGAAAAAGUUCACAUCCUCGAAGAGGAUUUGAGCAAAGCAAAUGACAAGCUGGAACAGACUGAUCUCGCAAAGAAAACUUAUGAAAAACAGUUGAAAGAUAUGAAAAAUACAUGCGACAAAUUGCAACAGGAAGUCAAUUCGUUGAAGGAAAUCAAUCGUACGACAUCUUACGUUGAUUCCAGUCAGGAAUAUUUCGAGAGCAAUAUUUCGAUGAAUGUCGAUUCGGUGCGACGUAUAGAAAGUCAGCAGAAGGAGAUCGAGAGCUUGAAGUUACUCAUGGAGCAGAAAGAAACGGAUAAUGUAAAGUGUAAAAAAGAUUUAACUGAAGUAACAGAGAAGAUGAAAAAGUUAGAAGCACAAUGCGAACAAUUAACAAAUGGUUUGGUUCAUGCGUGGACUGAAUGUGCUGAGUAUAAAGAAAAAUUGAAUCAGACGUUGAAUGACAGUAGUAAAAUCAAUACUUCCUUUAAUAGUACGACCUCGUCCAAGCAUCUUAAGACAAACCAAAGUUUAGACAACAGUACAUCAAAUCAAAAUAUAAUAGAGCAAACUAAAGAGUCAGACAUUGCUGAUGUUAGCACAUUAGCAGACAAGAGUAACGUGAAAAACAGCGAGAAUUUGCAUAAGCAAAUGCAACAAAUGCUGGAGGGCGAGAUGAUCGUAGAAGAAAUUAAGUUAAAGUUAAGUCAUUAUUAUACGUUAUGCGAAAAAAUAGCAGGAGAACUGUCGACAGAAAACGCCGCUUCCAAAUUGGAAAAGGAAUUACUAAGUCAGGAAAUCCAGGACAUGAUGAAUCGAUAUAAGGAAGAACUAGAAUCUGUUAAAGCAGAUUCGACCAAAGAGAUCAAUCGAUUGCGUUUGUUGGUGCAGAAUUUCAAAUCAUUUCAGGAUGGGAAUGACAUCAGUGAAAUUAAAGCUGAACUUAAUGCACGCCAUACUAAGGAGAUGGAAGAACUUCGGACAUACUUCGAGCAGAAGUGCUUGCAGAUGGAAAAACAAUAUUCCGAAGAGAUCUUCAGCCAGCAGUCGAAACGAAUUUCCGACAAUGAUAGUGAAACCGAAGAGCUAACGGAUGAUUUAUAUUUUGGUGGUGCGGGCGAUUGCUUGAACACGUCCAAUUCCCGAACAGCAACAUCUGGUGUCAACGAGGAGUCUCUAAAAGACACAACCUUGGAUGUUGAAAACCAAACGCGUAUCGAGACAGAGUACGAAAAUAGCAUCCAAACAUUGCGACAAGAAUUGGAAAUUAAAAUGAAGACAAUUCAAAUUAUGAAGACUGAUUAUAAGAAAGCAAUUGAAGAACAGAAAGAGUUGUAUGAAUGCCAAAUUCGCGAUAUUGAAGCAAAAUUGGAACGUUCGUUGGCUACAUCUGUGAACCAGUAUUGUCAAACAGAAUGGGAGGCAUUGGAAAAUGGUGAAUUGUCGAGUCUGCGUGACGCGUAUAAUCAUCAAUUGGAAGAGCAGAUCGCGCUAGCUAGACAGGACAUUGUCAACGCUCUUCAAGAACAAUUUCAGGCACUAUUAUCAGUGGAAGCAGAUAAAGAAGAUAAUUGGCCAAUUGAAUUAUUAGAACUACGAGAUAAAUUCACAUCCAACGCUAAGCAAGAAAUUCAAGAAAUCAAAGAGAUGCAUAGUACUGAAUUAACUCGCCUAAGAGAUGAACACGAUUGCAUGUUAGCACGAAUGCUUGAGCAACACCGAAAGGAAAUUGCUAUUCUUAAAACUCAGAAUCCAGAUAAUAAUCAAGAAGUUGGCUGUGUUGGAUCUUUAGAAAAUAAUAUUAUGGAAGAAAGGGAUAACUUAAGGAAGACAUGUGUAACUCUCAGAAACUUGAUUGGAGAAUUGAUUAAUUACUUUGCCGUUUGUGAAGAAGAAGUUAAUAACACUUUAAUCAACGAGGUUUUAAGAAGACAAUUGACAGAGUCCGUUCAUGAGUCAGUCUUUACUCAUGAAGGAAAUUUAAACGACAAUAAUUUAUCCGAAACACAAUGCAAAGACCAAAGAUCCAACCAAUCCAUUAAAAGAGUUCAUUUUGCUCCACAAUCCAGCAAAAUAAAUUCCAUUGUUAACAGCGAUAAUAAGACGUUAAUCGAGGAAGACAUAGAUGAAAUAUUAAGGAAAGAACUAAAGGCUUGUUUAAGACGCCUGAAGUCAGAUAGUACACAAAUACUUAAUUUAUCCCUACCAAGCGAAGACAAUAUUGCGUUGUCGUCAAAGGAGACUCUCUUAGCAAGCAAAAUUAAUGAAGAACUUUCCUUGAAACUGAAUCAUGCUGAAGCUUUGAUAAUAGGCUAUCAAGAAGAAGCGGAACAAUUAAAAUUGCAUAUUUUAGAACUACAACGAAAAUUGAUUAGCGCAGAGAGUAAAAAGGAAGUCAUCACUGAGGGAUAUGGUGAAAGCGAUCUUUCUAGAGUUGAUAUUGCGUUGCAAGAUUUCUCACAGGUGCAAGAAAAAGCUAGACAUGUAUUAUCGAAUGGCGGCGGCGAUGCAUCUUAUUUACUGCAAUUAAUAGAGGAAUUAUGCAGACAAAACGAUAAAUUAAUAGAUGAUGCUAGAAAGGAAAGGGAAGAUUUGCAACAACAGCAGGUACCUUUAGAACCCACUCCUACCCCAUACAUUCACAGGGUUUGCUGCGAAAAGAUUGAGGCAGCAGACAAGCAAUUGCGAGCGACGCGUCGAUUUUUGGAUGAGCAAGCAAGCGAGCGCGAGAUGGAGCGAGAUGAAGCUGCGAAGCAAAUUCAGCUCUUGCAGGAACAGCUCAAGGAAGGCGAACGUAAGAAGGAAAGAGAUAUGCGAAUUAGUUCUGAGCAGUCUGAGCUAUCAUCUGAAACAACUUCAGACAUCCCUGAGCUUCAAACCACGACCAAUGCAGCUGUGGAGGCUCUCGAAUCUCAGAUGAGAGAAAUGUCGUCGUUAAUGUCCGACACGGAAGCGAAGAAAUCAGAGAAGGAGAGUGAAUUGAAGGCCGCGGUAGAUAAAAUAUGGGUUUUACGAGAGAUCAUUGCUGACUUGGAGCAACAAUUACAAACUAAGAGUGAGAGGGAAGAAUCCUUACAAUUACAAAUCAGUCAAUUGGAAGCCGUGAUAACCGCGCAAACAAAAAAUCAACAGGAUUUAGUUCAAGAGCUGGAUGCUAUCAAAUCUGGCACUGAAAGCAGGCAUUUAAACGAACAAAUUAAUCAUUUACAGGAGGAAUUGAGUAAGCACAAAUUAAGCUCGGAGCAUUUUAAUGUCAAUUCGUCUGUCUUAAAGCAGAUGAAAGCAGAACUUCACGAGAUGCAAAAUCAAUUGGACAAAAGAAUCCGAGAAUUGGAAUCCGCGCACAUGUGCGGUUCAAACUUGAGUUUAAGUCAGCCGAGUGAAGACGUUUCGAUCAGAGAACAAAUCGACGCAACGAGAUGUUUGACACCGGAUGAUCCGUCCUCUCCACCAAUGUUACCGUUGGACCAAGUGCUCAAGUUAAAAGAUAAAAUGCUGAAACACGCACGUGCGGAAGAAGUGGCCUUCAAGAGAAUCAAAGAUCUGGAGAUGCAGUUGACAGCAAUAAAGAAUCAGAAUGAGGAAUUACUAGCGGAGCAGGAGAUCUUACAGCAGACAGCAUCCGAGCAAUUAUUCCAGAUUGAAGCGAUGCGCGGUCGCUUAGAACAACAUAAACAAAGUGCUCCGUUCGCUCAAAAACAAGCAACGUCUCGUUUAGAAUUACAGUUGCACGAAGCUACUACGAAGUAUCACUCUUUGGAGCAAAUUAUUACUAACAAAGAGAUAGAAUUGAAAGAAUUAAAAGCCCAACUCGAAAGAGUUAAUCAAAUGCUGACAGAGAAGGAGGUGGAAAUGGAAAACUUUUUACAAUCGGAAAAUGGCGCGCUACGAAAGAUCGAUGAACUGAAAGAUCAAUUAAAGCUUGUUCAAGAGGAAAAGAAAAUGUUGCAAGUCAAGCUUGGAACACAAGAGCACGUUCAAUCGGAAUUGCCACAACUGAUUGAUACUAUGUUGGCAGACAAGAACGAGGAGAUCGAUCAUCUGAAAGAGCAAUUAUUCAAAAAGGAGAAACAAUUGAAUACCUACACAUCCCUCGCUUUGGACGACACACAACUGAAGGAUUUGACGAAACAAGCAGAGGCCAAGAACAGCGCGCGAACAUUGAGCGAUAUUCUUUCUAUACAUUCGGAAUGCGAAGAACUUCCUGAAGCUAUUCGAGCUAUUAACGGAACGCACUUGAUAGCAUCGCAAAAUAUCUCCAGUAUCAGAAUUCCUGCGUCUGUAUCGAAGAACACAUUAACUGCAAAUAGUUUCGAUAUUGCGGAAAUACCUUUACUCAAUAUAGACAAAAUAGAAGUGCAAGUUCCACCGUUGGAUUUAGAUUCUCACACACAUAGUUUCAGUAAUGACAUCCGUCACUCGGAUAUAGAGCUACAUCAUAUCGAAGGUGAAUCAAAGUUGUCCUCUCCAAAGAACAAUGUCAGCGAAGAUUCUCGACAAGCCGAAGAAUUACUUAAUGAAAAGAUGAAAGAAAUUGAAAACUUGUCAAAUCAACUGCAAACUCUGCAACAGGAACUGGAAAUAAAAUCUAAUUUUUUGAAAGGAUAUGAAAUGGAGCUGGCUUCCAUGCAGAAACAACAUCAAGAGUUGGAGGAUGAGUACAAGGAAAUUGUUGAAAACUUGGUGCGAGAUAAAAAUUUUUAUAAAAGUCAAUAUGAAUUUACUCAAGCAUCGGAGAGCAAAAUAAAGAAAGAUUUGGAAGAAGUCGAGAACAUUUUAAAAUUGAAGACGGAGGAGCUCGAAGACCACAAGAGCAAAAUGCAAGCAAAUGAAAGGAUCAUCACAGAAUUGAAUAUGGAUAACACAAAACUGAAGAGAGAAAUAAAAAUUAAAGAGAAGGAUCAGAUGCAAAAGAACAGUUCCUUACUGCAGGAGAAGAUACAGGAAUUACAAAGAUUCAAGGAACUCAUUUUGGAGAAGGAUAUCGCACUGGAGACUUUCCAAACGCGUAAUAUCGAAAUCGAAAACGAAAAUAAGCAGUUGUACGAGUUUAAGACGAAACUUCACACGCGUGAACAGGAGAUCGCCGAGUUGCAAGACGAGAUCUUGCGGUUGACUGACGGUCUAAAUAAUCGAGAUCAGGUAAUCCGUAAGUUGGAGGAGAUAGCAAAACGGACAAACGACGUUCAUUCGGGUACAUCGUCGCCGUCAUCUUCUGUCAGUAAUAAGGACCAAGAGAUUCAUCAUCUGCAGGAGUUUCUGAAAGAAAAGGACAAAGUAAUCAGGCAGAUGAGCGACGAUAGUAAGAGCUUACAACAAGCUCUGGAAACUAUUCAGAACAAGAUGAAAGAAUCUGGUAAUAUUGUGGAGCUGAGAAAAAAAUUAAAGGAUGAGCGCAGGCUGAACGAGGAGUUGAAGACUAUCGUGCACAAGCUGCAAAAGGAAUUAGAAUUAAAAGAUGCAUCCGCGCAAUGCUCGCAGGACGACAGCGAUAUCGAAGAUAUGGUCCAACGAGAAUUGAAUCUCUCCGCGCGAUUGGAUAAGCAAAUUAUGCAGGUCAUUAAAGACGACGAUGACGAAGAGAUUGUGGAUGGGGCGACGAAAGAGCCUCAGCAAAAUUUGAGUGAGAUCCAUCAAGACAAUAAGAUGCUGAAGAAACUAAAAGAGGAUCUAGAAAUCGAACGUGAUAUGAUGAAACAUCAGAUCGCCGAAUAUGAGGAUCGUAUUCUGCAAUUGAAGGCCGAUUUGGCAGAAGAGACGAAGAAAGUAGUCAAGUUGGACAAAGAACUUGUGUCAGAGAGAAACACAAUAAAGUUCUUAAGGGUGCAAAUAGAAGAAUAUCGUCGAAAGACAGAAGCGGGACGAGCUCAAGACACUGAGUUGAUCGAUUUCUUGCAGAAAAAACUGAAAGCCUCUUUGGAGAAUGAAAAAAGGCUUUGUAAUGAUCUAGCAGCGAUGAAGCAACAGCAGAUUAAUCUGAAAUCGCAAUUGAUGUCCAUGAAAAAAUCGAUAGAAGCCGAAAACAUUAACUCGCCAAAGUUUGCUGAAACUACGCAGGAUGAAUUAGAGAGGGCAAGCGAAGAUCCCAAGGAAAAUCACGUAAACAUUACGGAGCUACAAGAAAAGAUAAAGAGAUUAAAAACUGAGAUGUAUACAUACGAAAAGCAACUGGAAAUCGCGACAGAAGAACGGGAAAAACUGAUCAGCAGCCUAGCGUUAGCCAAUGGAGUGAAGGAAAUCAUGGAAACGCAACUGCAAAGAACCAUUGAAGAAUUGAAAGCACGAGAAGAGGAAUCUGAUUAUCUACAGAAACAGCUGAAAAUAAUGACGGAAGCUGAAAAUAGGAAGCAAGAGCAACGAAACGCUGAACUGGAAGAAAUCAGAGUAUUGCGCAAGGAUAUUGGCAUUGCUCGAGAAACUAGGAUAAAGCUGGAAGCUGACAUAAAUCUUGCAAGGCAGAGACUGAAGGAAACCUCAGAUCGAGAGAUGAAGCUUACAGACAUGGUGGAAUCUCUGAAAGAGCGAGAGAUAGAGCUCAGUAGAAAACUGAUAGUUGAAAGACAAGAGAAGAACCUGAAUAACUGGAUGGAUAAAAUGGACUUAAAACAAGCUGCGGAAAGAGAGGAAGAUCUGAAUCAUAAGCUAAUGAAUUUAAACAAGAUAAAAGAUAUAUCUGUGAGUUCUAUACAAAGAAUUAAAGAAUUAAAUGAAACAGUUGAUAAAUAUUCUAUCGAGAAGAAGAAUCUUGAACAAAAACUUGACAAGUUAACGCUAGAUAAGGAAAUGUUGAUACGUCAAGUAAAGUCACUCGAAGGACAAGUAAAGAAAUUGAAAAGCUCCAACAGCAAUUCAACAACAGUUCCUAUUGAAAAAUUACAAAACCUUUACGGCUCAUAUUUACGGGUGGACAGCAGACGAAAGGCACUGGCAUACCAGAAGAAAUACUUGCUGUGCAUUGUUGGUAGUUAUCAGUUUUGCGAGGAGAAUACGCUUUGCGUACUCGCGCAAUUGACUCAAGAACAACGCAUUUACACGCGAUUAACCCGCAGCAAAAAGGUGCGCUUUCGGAUUGCCGUGUUAACAAUAAUCAGCAUUCACAGGAUGAAAUGGUUGACCAAACGUUGGCGAAUAGGAAAGCGCGUGGGUGCUAAUGUUAUUAUAGGUAGUAUAGAGCAAUUAGUAAGUGAUUCGCCAUCUACUAUAAAAAUUGCACCGAGUUAUUCCCCACCAGUGAGAGAAAAGACAACAAAUAAAGUUGAUACAAACAGAUUGAAUAUCGUCGAUCAGUAUUAUCAAGAAAUAAAAUAUUUCCAAAAGACAGUUGAUUCAGCUUCGACUCAGUCAGGAACUAGUCAUAUAAUCUCAGAAUAACAUUAUAUUUUUAGAACUUGUAGGAGAGAGGAGAAAUUUAGCUGUAGUGUUAGUAUUAAGAAUAUUAUAAUGUAAUUGUUUAAACAAUGACAUUAUAUAGGUCGUGUUUCUUAAAAUGGUUUGUUCACACGACUUUUGACAAUUUUUGAAUUUAUUUUUCUUAGAUUUUUAGACACACGUAGAUUUUCUUGGAUUUGAUGAAAAUUUUGAAUCCCUGGAUUUAAAUAUACAUUUGUAAAUUUGUAAAUUUUUGAGCUCUCGCACAUUAAUAUUUAAAUGACUGUUUCCCUAUUGAAUUAUAGAAGUCUUGGACUUUUUUAUCGGUGAGGAUUUAAAAUAUUCCGAUAUCGUUUGUGUUUGAUAUAUUCGUUUUUUUUUUUAAGUGGACUUUGCAUUUUCUAUCAUCAUUUAUUACAAUACUUUUUUCUCUCUUUUUUUACAAACACGUCCUGUAUUUUGUACUAAAUUGCAGUCGUCGAUGGCCGAUCUGCAUGGGAUUUCUAUUUCCGUUCGACUGUACGAUUUACAUCGCGCUAAUUAAUCAUAAACUGAAUUGAUGAAAUAAAUGUAAAUUUCGUCAGCUUGACCGGAAAUAAUCGGAACUGGGCAUUCAACACGGACUUUGUAAUAUAGACUGCGGCUUUAUAUAUUUUUAACUGUAUGUAAAUUACUGUCUCAGUGAGAGAGAUUUUUUAUUUUCGUGAUAUCUUUCUCUUAUUGAUUACAGUGACGUAACUUCUAAAUGUCAUCUGAAGAAAUUCUAAGAAAUGUGAAUUAUGAAAUAUCAUUAAUAAAAAGGACAUGUUACAGCGUAGAUUUUAGCAUUGUAAGACAUAUGAGAGGCUUUUAUUGAUUGUUAGCAAAAUAAAAGCAUGUUCUGCGAAAGUUGAUGUUAAGCUGGACAGUGUGCUUGUAUUUAUGAUAUUAUUAUUCUAUAAGUUACAUAAUAUAUAUUGUAGGUAGUGCAUAAGUAUGUAAACCUGCGUGUGCCUUGUAAAGCGCUGUAAAGCGCGUUCAUUAUUUAUUUAUCGACAGAUUGUAAUAAGCCUUUUAUAUAUCGCGAGUUGCAUGUAAUAUGAAUACCUUUCCUGAGACUUGUAAUAAACGAUCGAUCUUUUUAAUCAUGUAA